UCAAGAACCCUAAGAACCAUCCUAGGGUUUUUGGUCAGGGCGGCGGCUUAGCGAUGGUGAAGGGAAACAAUGUCAUUCCCAAUCAGCAUUUCAAGAAGGAUUGGGAGAAGCUGGUGAGGACAUGGUUCAAUCAGCCGGCGCGCAAGGUCCGCAGAAGAAAGGCCCGGUCGAUCAAGGCUGCCAAGAUCUUCCCUCGCCCGCCAUCCGGCCCUCUGCGCCCGGUGGUCCACUGCCCGACCGUCAAGUACAACAGCAAGGUAAAAUACGGCCGAGGGUUCUCGCUGGAGGAGCUCAAGGAAGCUGGGAUCUCCAAGAAUCUCGCUCGCACGAUUGGAAUCGCCCUGGAUCACAGGAGGAAGAACCGGAGCCUCGAGAGCUUGCAGACGAAUGUCCAGCGAUUGAACACGUACAAGACGAAGCUCAUCGUCUUCCCACGCAAAGCUAAGAAAACAAAGAUGGGCGAUUCGCAACCCGAGGUUCUGAGCACCGCGACGCAGUUCCAAGGGCCAGUGCUGCCAAUUGUUCCAAAGAAACCCGAGGUCGGCAUUGUCACAGUGACCGACGAGAUGAAGGCCGUGAAAGCUUAUCAGAAGCUCCGGAUCGAGCAGACCAACAAGCGUCUCGUUGGAAUCCGCGCGAAGAAGGCUGCCGAGGCCGAGAAGGAAGAAGGGAAGAAGUAAACAAACCAGAGCUAUCCAUCAAAAAUGGUUUUUUUGUUGUCUCAAAGUAAUCGACCUCGUACGACUUUUUUCAUUGUUAAAA